AUGAUUUACCAUAAGAAGUUCAAGAGGUUGCUGGGCAGCACCGUGGACGGGGUGCUGGACCUAAACUCGGUCUGCCAGGAGCUCAGCGUGUCCAAGAGACGAGUGUACGACGUUACCAACGUCCUGGAGGGCAUCAACCUGAUCCAAAAGAAGUCCAAAAACCAAAUCCAGUGGAUGGGCAGGCAGCUGAACGUGGGUCUGAAUGGAGAACUGAGGGCUCUAAAGGAAAAGGAGAAGAACCUGGACGAGCUGAUAGAGAGCUGCACCGGGCAGAUCCAGAACCUGUGCGAGGACAAGAGGAGCUCUUUUCCACGCUACCUGUCGAACGAGGUAUCCACGGCGCCGCUCCUUCUUGGCGGAGGCGCUGGAGUAGAUUUCGCCCUGCCGGCUGGACGGCAGUCGAAGGACUUGCUCCGCAUCUCGGGCAUUUCGGUGGGCAGCGUGCAGGGCGCCUGCUCCGAGGACGAGCGCCGCAUCUCCCUCUGCUGGUGGUGGCCGGAGUAG